UUAACUUUAUCUGAACAUAACUCAGUCUUAACAGUGUCAGUAUAACAUCACAGUUAACACCACAUGUCAGCCAGUCUGUUACAAUAGAAUCAGCGUUUUCACUCUAAAACAGCGGCUGUUGUCAGGAAAGCAGCAGAAAGAGUUUCCUGUUUGCUCCACUUUUUACUUUCGGUUUGUUUGUCCUCGUUUGCCCUCGCGCAGUCAGAAGCCGUUAACCGUUAUCUACGUCAGAGUGGUGUCUCUCGUGCAGUGACUCUAGAACUAUGAAGCUCGUUGCUCUCGUGUGUCUGUGUCUCGUGACUCGGUGUGGAAUAACGGCUGCUGGUGUAAACGGGCCAAAAGUCGUGGAAGAAGGAAGUGAUGUCAUCUUACCCUGUUCCCUCAGCACCAAGGAGAACAUUCAGUCAACAAAGUUUGACUGGAAGAAAGAUGGUCCGAGGGAUGACCGUGAGGUGUUCCUGUAUGAUGCAGGCAUUCAUUACAACAACGGAUAUCCAGGUCAGAGCGAGACGUUCAAAGGUCGAGUCUCACAUUUUCCAGACCAACUGAAGUACGGCAACGCCUCCAUAAUCAUCAGAUAUACAAAGAUGACCGACAGUGGAAACUACACCUGUGAUUUUCCACGUCUUCAACCAAGUCAGAUAUUCCGGGUUGAGCUUAUUGUUGCUUGUGACUUAAAAGACAGAACAGGUGAAAACAUCCCAGGUGCAGGUGCAGCUCCGAAACCAUCUGUCACGUCACUUAAAACCACAAAGUACAGGUGGCGGCUACAGUGUGAAGUUCGCGGUGCUUUUCCAGAACCUAAAGUAGAGUGGCAGAACAGUGAUGGAAACAUCCUUCCUGCUGAGAAACCUCAGGUGUCUAAAAGUGGAGACCGCUACGACGUCAUCCUCCAGGUUACUGUGACCAAGACCGACUACUAUCGCUGUGUAGCCACACAGGAGACAAUCUGCCAUCAGACUUAUGUAUAUAUCGGUGGGCCAAAAGUCGUGGAAGAAGGAAGUGAUGUCAUCUUACCCUGUUCCCUCAGCACCAAGCAAAACAUUACGUCAGAGCUGUUUGACUGGAAGAAAGAUGGUCCGAGUGAUGAACGCGAGGUGUUCAUGUGUGAUGCAGGCAUUCAUUACAACAAUGGACGUUCAGGUCAGAGUAAGACGUUCAAAGGUCGAGUCUCACAUUUUAAAGACCAACUGAAGUACGGCAACGCCUCCAUAACCAUCAAAAAAACAGAGGUGACCGACAGUGGAAACUACACCUGUGAUUUUCCACGUCUUCAGCCACAUCAGAUAUUCCGCCUUGAGCUUAUUGUUGAUCGUGUCUUAAAAGACAGAACAGGUGAAAACAUCCCAGGUGCAGCUCCAGAGCCGUCUGUCACGUCACUUGAUGAAACAAAGGACUGGUCACGUCUGCAGUGUAAAGUUCGAGGUGCAUCUCCAGAACCUAAAGUAGAGUGGCAGGACAGUGCUGGAAACAUCCUUCCUGCUGAAAAACCUCAGGUGUCUAAAAGUGGAGACCGCUACGACGUCAUCCUCCAGGUUACUGUGAACAAGACCGACUACUAUUGCUGUGUAGCCACACAGGAGACAAUCAGCCAUCAGACUUAUACUAAGACUUAUGUGUAUAUCCAUGGGCAAGAAGUCGUCAAAGUGUUUGCAACAGAAGGAAGUGAUGUCAUCUUACCCUGUUCCCUCAGCACCAAGGAGAACAUUCAGUCAGAGCUGUUUGACUGGAAGAAAGUUGCUCAGAAGGAUGACGGUCAGAAGGAGGUGUUCCUGUAUGAUAAAGAAGAUAAAUACAACAGUGGACGUUCAGGUCAGAGUGAGACGUUCAAAGGUCGAGUCUCACAUUUUCCAGACCAACUGAAGUACGGCAACGCCUCCAUAACCAUCACAAAUACAAAGGUGACCGACAGUGGAAUCUACACCUGUGAAUUUCCACGUCUUAAACCAGAUCAGAAAUUCUACAUUGAGCUUAUUUUUGGUGCAGCUCCAGAGCCGUCUGUCAAGACACUUGAUCAAACAAAGGACUGGUCACGGCUGCAGUGUCAGGUUCGAGGUGCUUCUCCAGAACCUAAAGUAGAGUGGCAGGACAGUGAUGGAAACAUCCUUCCUGCUGAAGAACCACAAGUGUCUAAAAGAGGAGACCGCUACGAUGUCAUCCUCCAGGUUACUGUGACCAAGACCGACAACUAUAGCUGUGUAGCCACACAGGAGACAAUAAAGCACAGGAUUGCUUUUGACACUUAUGUAUAUAUCGGUGGUGCAGCUCCAAAACCAUACGUCACGUCACUUGAUGAAACAAAGGACUGGAGGCUGCUGCAGUGUGAAGUUCAUGGUAAUCCAGAACCUAAAGUAGAGUGGCAGGACAGUGAUGGAAACAUCCUUCCUGCUGGGGAGACGCAGACCUCAGAAAGAGGAGGAAGCUUCUACAUCACUCUCCAAGUUACUGUGACCAAGACCGACCGCUAUCGCUGUGUAGCCACACAGGAGACAAUCAGCCAUCAGACUUAUGCUGAGACCUACGUGCGUAUGAAUGGUGCAGCUCCAGAGCCGUCUGUCACUACACUUGAUCAAACAGAGGAUGGGGCUCUGCUGCAGUGUCGGGUUCGAGGUGCUUCUCCAGAACCACGUCUACAGUGGCAGGACAGUGAUGGAAACAUCCUUACUGCUGAGGAACCUCAGGUGUCAGAAAGAGGAGGAAGCUAUGAUGUCAUCCUCCAGGUUACUGUGACCAAGACCGACCGCUAUCGCUGUGUAGCCACACAGGAGACAAUCAGCCAUCAGGUUUAUACUGAGACCUACGUGUCGGUCAAUGGUGCAGCUCCAGAGCCGUCUGUCACUACACUUGAUCAAACAGAGGAUGGGGCUCUGCUGCAGUGUCGGGUUCGAGGUGCUUCUCCAGAACCACGUCUACAGUGGCAGGACAGUGAUGGAAACAUCCUUACUGCUGAGGAACCUCAGGUGUCAGAAAGAGGAGGAAGCUAUGAUGUCAUCCUCCAGGUUACUGUGACCAAGACCGACCGCUAUCGCUGUGUAGCCACACAGGAGACAAUCAGCCAUCAGGUUUAUACUGAGACCUACGUGUCGGUCAAUGGGCCGGGUGUCGUCAAAGUGUUUGCAGCAGAAGGAAGUGAUGUCAUCUUACCCUGUUCCCUCAGCACCAAGGAGAACAUUCAGUCAAAGCUGUUUGACUGGAGGAAAGAUGGUCGGAAGGAUGAACGCGAGGUGUUCCUGUAUGAUGCAGGCGUUCAUUACAACAACGGCCGAGGAGGUCAGAGCGAGACGUUCAAAGGUCGAGUCUCACAUUUUCAAGACCAACUGAAGUACGGCAACGCCUCCAUAACCAUCAGAAAUACGAGGGUGACCGACCGUGGAAACUACACCUGUCAUUUUCCACAUCUUCAGCCACCUCAGACAUUCUACAUUGAGCUUGUUGUUGAUCGUGACCCACAGUUCUCGACCCUGAAGAACAAAAACGGGGAAACUGAUGGGGCAGCAGAGCCCUACAUCUCCAUCGUCGAUAUCACGAAGGUCGGGGUGCAGCUGAAGUGUGACAUUCGAGGUGCGUUCCCACAGCUGAAGCUACAGUGGCGGGACAGUGAUGGAAACGUCCUUCCUGCUGAUGAGCCACGGGUCUCAGAGAGAGGUCUCCGCUACGAAGUCACCCUCCAAAUCAUUGUGAACCGGACCGCGACCAACCGAUUCAGCUGUGUAGUCAAACAGGAGGACAUCGGCCACAUGGUUGAUGCCAACUUCACUGUUCCUGAGAAACUGUUCGAGGACGUGUCCUGCAAAGGGGACGUCACAGGAUGGAUAGGUGGAUUUUUUUUGGGAGCUUUCAUCAUUCUUGCAGUUCAAGCUCUGCUCGUAGCUGCUAAGCUCAUCACAAUACACCGUUAUAAAGGUGUCGUCAAAGUGUUUGCAGCAGAAGGAAGUGAUGUCAUCUUACCCUGUUCCCUCAGCACCAAGGAGAACAUUCAGUCAAAUGUGUUUGACUGGAAGAAAGAUGGUCAGAAGGAUGAACGCGAGGUGUUCCUGUAUGAUGCAGGCGUUCAUUACAACAACGGCCGAGGAGGUCAGAGCGAGAUGUUCAAAGGUCGAGUCUCACAUUUUCAAGAUCAACUGGAGUACGGCAACGCCUCCAUAACCAUCAGAAAUACGAGGGUGACCGACCGUGGAAACUACACCUGUCAUUUUCCACAUCUUCAGCCACCUCAGACAUUCUACAUUGAGCUUGUUGUUGGUGUCGUCAAAGUGUUUGCAACAGAAGGAAGUGAUGUCAUCUUACCCUGUUCCCUCAGCACCAAGGAGAACAUUCAGUCAAAGCUGUUUGACUGGAAGAAAGAUGGUCCGAGGGAUGACCGCGAGGUGUUCCUGAAUGAUGCAGGCACUCAUUACAACAACGGACGUUCAGGUCAGAGCGAGACGUUCAAAGGUCGAGUCUCACAUUUUCCAGACCAACUGAAGUACGGCAACGCCUCCAUAACCAUCACAAAUACAAAGAUGACCGACAGUGGAAACUACACCUGUCAUUUUCCAGUUCUUCAGCCACCUCAGAUAUUCUACGUUGAGCUUGUUGUUGAACCCAUCCUGAAAGACCGAUCAGGAGAAAAUCCAGCUGCAACUCCAAAGCCAUCCGUCACAAUACUUGAUGCCACAGAGACCUGGAUACUGCUGCAGUGUGACGUUCGAGGUGCUUCUCUAAAACCUAAAGUAGAGUGGCAGGACAGCGCUGGAAACAUCCUUCCUACUGAGGAACCACAGGUGUCUGAAAGAGGAGGAAGCUACGACAUCAUCCUCCAAACUACUGUGACCAAGAACGCCCGCUAUCGCUGUGUCGUCACACAGGAGACAAUCAGCCAUCAGGUUUCUGCUGAGACCUUUGUGUAUAUCAGUGAGAAAGCCUCAUCCAUCAUCAUCGGACCAUUCUUUGGUGGAUUGCUUUUGGGAGCUGUCAUCAUUGGUGCAGUUCUAGCUCUGCUUGUAGCUAGAAAGGUCAUCACAAUACGCCGUUAUAAAGGUGUCGUCAAAGUGUUUGCAGCAGAAGGAAGUGAUGUCAUCUUACCCUGUUCCCUCAGCACCAAGGAGAACAUUCAGUCAGAGCUGUUUGACUGGAGGAAAGAUGGUCCGAGGGAUGACCGUGAGGUGUUCCUGUAUGAUGCAGGCAUUCAUUACAACAACAAACGUUCAGGUCAGAGCGAGCAGUUCAAAGGUCGAGUCUCACAUUUUCCAGACCAACUGAAGAACGGCAACGCCUCCAUAACCAUCACAAAUACAAAGAUGACCGACAGCGGAAACUACACCUGUGAUUUUCCACGUCUUCAACCACGUCAGAUAUUCUACGUUGAGCUUGUUGUUGAACUCAUCAUGAAAGACCGAUCAGGAGAAAACCCAGUGGCAACUCCAAAGCCAUCCAUCACAAUACUUGCUGCCACAGAGACCAGGGCGCUGCUGCAGUGUGACGUUCGAGGUGCUUCUCCAAAACCUAAAGUAGAGUGGCAGGACAGCGCUGGAAACAUCCUUCCUGCUGAGGAACCACAGGUGUCUGAAAGAGGAGGAAGCUAUGACGUCAUCCUCAACGCUACUGUGACCAAGACCGACCACUAUCGCUGUGUCGUCACACAGGAGACAAUCGGCCAUCAGGUUUCUGCUGAGACCUUUGUGCAUAUCAGUGCUGCAACUCCAAAGCCAUCCGUCACAACACUUGAUGCCACAGAGACCUGGACGCUGCUGCAGUGUGACGUUCAAGGUGCUUCUCUAAAACCUAAAGUAGAGUGGCAGGACAGCGCUGGAAACAUCCUUCCUGCUGAGGAACCACAGGUGUCUGAAAGAGGAGGAAGCUACAACAUCAUCCUCAACGCUACUGUGACCAAGACCGACCGCUAUCGCUGUGUAGUCACACAGGGGACAAUCGGCCAUCAGGUUUCUGCUGAGACCUUUGUUCAUAUCAGUGGGAAAGUCUCAUCCAUCAUCAUCGGAUCGUUGUUCGGUGGAUUGCUUUUGGGAGCUGUCAUCAUUGGUGCAGUUCUAGCUCUGCUUGUAGCUAGAAAGGUCAUCACAAUACGCCGUAAUAAAGGUUCUCGUCUGCAGAGGAGCGGUUCACUCAACGUGUGGUACACUCCAGUUAACCAGACGAACGGUCCGGUUGACCAGAGGAACGGUUUGAUUAACCAGACGAACGGUCCGGUUGACCAGACGAACGGUCCGGUUGACCAGAGGAAUGGUUUGAUUGACCAGACAAACGGUCCGGUUGACCAGAAGAACGGUCCGGUUGACCAGGGGAACGGUCCGGUUGACCAGAAGAACGGUCCGGUUGACCAGGGGAACGUUCCGGUUGACCAGAAGAAUGGUCCGAUUGACCAGAGGAACGGUUCGAUUGACCAGAAGAACGGUCUGGUUGACCAGAAGAACGGUCUGGUUGACCAGAAGAAUGGUCUGGUUGACCAGGGGAACAGUUAG